AGCAAGUGGAGCUAUUUUUUUUAACUAUUAUUAUUUUACAUGUUACAAACCAGCGUUAGGAAGCCGAGGAAAUACUGAGGACAAAGUAAAAAGGAGCAAACAGCGGGACAGUGACAGUUCCAGCAUUUGGGAUUCGAAACCGCAUCAGCAGAGGAUUUCCCACUGAGACCUGAAGCUGCCUUAUCCUUCAGAUAGGGGAGUGUCUGAAACUCGCAAUGGCCCCACUCACACUGUUAUUGAUGCUGAUGUUGGUUUCCAUGGCAACAGGGGCCCGUUCAGGCAGCGAGGAGAAUGAACUGGAUUAUGGGCACUGGAACUACAGAGAGGGAGCUGACCAUGUGAACGUGGCUACAGUGCGCAGUGUGACCCGAGUGUUAGACGCGUGGGGAAAACGCAUCUUCAAUGAGAUCAAAACUUUAUUGCACUCUCAGCCGAGCGCGCUGCUACCUGACUACUCCAGGGUGCGCCCUCUGUCCGAGUCUGUCAACGACCUGUUCAGGGAAGUGUCGCUGCUGCAUCGGCGCAUCACGGAGCUCACCCAUCGCUUAGCAACCCUGGAUCCGUUCCUCCGUCACCACGGUUACCGCGGCGAGGGGGAGGAGGGGGCGGUGACGCCUCUGAGCGUCAGGGGGGACGCAGCGGGCCUGGCACGGCCUGGUCCACGCAGGGGCACGCGGGUCCUGAGAAGGAGACGAGUUAAGAUCUUUAACAACGGCGGAGUCCAGUUGUUUCAGCCGGACACGUGAACUUCUCAUCACUCUUCUCACGCAAAGUGAA